AACUCUGCACAACAUUUCAAUCCGAUAGACAACAGCUGGUAUCGAUAUCUUAUUUCCAACUGACGUUGCGCACUUGCGCUCUUGAUUAAAAAGCAACGUUUUGCGGUUUUGUUACCACGUAGCUGCUCACUUGCAUUUCUUGACCAUUAGAAUCACAUUCGUCUUUAGUAAAUCAACGCAAAAUGUCCGACUCUGAGCAAGCUGAAUUGAAAGCUGGACACCCACCAGCAAUGAAGGUUGGAGGAAAAAGGGUUCCGCUUCCCAAACAUCAUGAAGAAAAGGCUGAGGCUCCUAAAAUUAUUGAGGUGUCUGAAGAAAAGGAGAAGCCAAAGACAGUGGUGAUUUCUGGAGCCCAGGUCAAAGAAAAGGAGGUUUUCUCUCCCGAGGCAGCUAAAGCCAUUCAUGAGAAACCAGUUCCCACUCACAACCAUGAUGCUAGUGCUGGUCAGCAUGGCAACAAAAUUAAUUUCAUUCAACAACCUCGUAAACAGUAGAUGGUAGUUUCAAUUGUGAUGGACUUGAUUGUGAUUAUUUCUAAUUGCUAAUGAUCAUUCAUUCCACUACUGCUGUGGACAAUCUAAUAUUGUUUAUUCAGACAGGUUGUGUUUAUUAUUAACCUUAUCACUGGUAAUUUUUUUUUCUUAUGGUUUUCUUUUGGUUGUUCUGUUUUUGAGGGUUUAUAUGAAGGACUUUUUUCUUACUUGCUCAUCAUGGUUGAGGGAGAAAAUGGUUAAUUUUUGUACUCUUUUUUUUCACUCUUGUUAAUUAAAAGAGAAAUACAUUUACAAUCAUGAAAAAA